ACCUGGUGAAAUCGCAAACAGGUAAAGCUUACUUGAAUUUCGUUACAAAAGGGUCUUUUCAUCAUGUAAAUUCAUAAGAUUUUUGUGUAGUACCUGUAAUGUGGAAACAGGUGUUAUAAAAUUUGUUUUGCUGAUGGUGGUUUUGUAAUAAGCAAGAUGAUUGGGAGUGACUACACUUUGGAGCUAUCAAAUGUUUUUUACAGUGGCCCGGUCGAACCAGGAUCAUGCUUACAAAGGAUAAUAGGAAAUAUCAAAACUGGCGUAAUCCUCAAAGAUGUGUCUAUGAGUGUACAUUCUGGAGAAGUUUUGGCUGUCCUUGGAUCCAAAGGUAGCGGGAAAAAAGCCCUUUUAGAUGUUAUAUCUAGAAGAGUCCAAGGUCCAGUCAGGGGCCAGAUACUGCUUAAUAAUCAGCCGAUGAGCGUUUGUCUAUUUCAACAAAGAUGUGGAUACGUUACUCAUAAAUGCGACCUGAUUGAAGGUCUUACUGUGGAACAGACCCUUUAUUACACUCCAACUAAGCUAACGGGUUACCUUAAGCGCUCCAAAGUCAAGCAAGUGAUGGCAGACUUGGCUCUUUCCCAGGUGUCUAAUAGAUGCAUCGAAAAUCUGACUAAAAGUGAAUAUCGAAGACUUAUGAUUGGUAUACAACUUAUUAAAGAUCCAGUAAUUUUGCUUCUCGACGAACCCACUUGGGACCUAGAUCCCUUAAACACCUACUUAGUGGUGUCGAUUCUAUCAAACGCAGCUAAGAAAUAUGGCUCAGCAGUGGUACUUACUAUGGAAAAACCUAGAUCUGAUGUGUUUCCUUUUUUGGAUAGAGUUUUAUACCUCUGUUUAGGCGACACAGUUUAUGCAGGAGGUACAAGACAGAUGCUGGAAUAUUUUGAUGCCAUUGAAUUCCCUUGCCCUCAACUAGAAAAUCCAUUGAUGUAUUAUUUAUGCUUGUCAACUGUAGAUCGUCGCUCCAGAGAACGGUUUCUGGAAAGCAAUCAUCAAAUAGCUGAACUUGUAGAGAAGUUCAAGAUUGAAGGCAAUAUUUAUCGUAAGGGAACCACCAUCGGUCCUUCCCACCCCCCUGAGUAUAAAAUACCUCUUUUGUUGGGAAAAAUCGGAUGUUUCAAUGUAGCCUGGACUGUUUACAGACGACUCUUAGCAGCUACGUUGUCAUUUAAGCAAUCAGGAGUAAAACAAACUGGACUAAGACUUUUUUUGCUGCCACUGUACUUCUUUAUUUUAUGGAUUUUUUACCACAGGAUGGAAACCUUUCAGCACACCUUCAUAUCUAGAAGCGGUCUAAUUUUUAAUAGUCUCGCUGGCGUAUAUUUCUUAGCGAUCGUUAAUACAGUUUUGUUAUAUCCCAUUUUUAGGACAAGAUACUUUCAGGAAUCCCAAGAAGGACUUUAUGGAGGAACAGUGUUUCUGUUGACAUACAAUAUGCUUUCGAUACCAUUUUCUUUUAUAUCUAGUCUAGCAGCUGGUGCAAUAGUAUUCCCAUUGAUUGGGUCAUUUGAAAAUCCAAUGGAAUACCUAUACUUUUCUUUGAUCUUAUGGGCCUGUUACAUGUUUGCAGAACAACAGACUAUGGCCACUCUCAUGAUUGUCAAAGACCAUUUACUUGCCGCUAUAUUUAACAUCUACAUCGUAUGUGUAUGUCUUACUCUAAGUAGUGGAAUAAUAAGGUCAAUUAAAGGUUUGCAAGAUUGGCUUUUUCACCUUACAUAUGCGACUCAAGCAAGAUACGCUGCAGCCUUUUUGAAUCGUCAGGUGUUUCUUAAUGUGGAGCUGAGCAAACCUUUAGCAUUCGAUAUAAAGCAUAACUGUACGAAUAUGAAUUUAAUAGAAACAUCUUUAUUAAAUGGAAACGUGAACCCUUAUUGCCGGUAUGCAAGUGGACAGAGCUUUCUUUCUGAAAGAUAUACUCGAGAAGGAGAUAAUAUCUUCAAUGGAAUCUUGGAUUCUGACUUAAAUAUUGGAAUAACGUUUGCAUUUACGUUAGGAAUGAUCAUAUUUAAUAUGUUUUUAUAUUUGGUUCCUCUACCAGCUUUCGUCAAAGCCAAAUUUAGGGAAUAAUUGAAAAUGAUUUAUUUAGUUUUAAAGAAUAAAGUUUUAAGAAAAAAUAGCUUUAAAUUAAACUUUUAGUUAGGUUAAUACGUAGGUGUGGUAUAUUUUUUUAAUGCUACUAUUUGUAAGAUAGCAAGCCUUAUCGUUGUCCGUCCAUUUUUAUAUUUAUUUAUAGAAUAAUUUAUUAUUUAAGGUAUAUUAAAGUAUAUUUAAUAGUAAUUUAAUGAAUAUGUCAAUAAAUUAAUUUCCUUUUGUUUUAUUUUAA